CACACAGCAGGCCGCCGCAGGUCCUCUGCACAGCCCCACUCGCAGCACCCACGUCCACGGUGGACUGACUUCCUGUCCCGCGGAGGGCUGCCGUCCACGAUGAGCGCCGGACAGACGUACGAGAAGAAGAUAGCGGGUAUUCUGACGGAGCUCCCCGGAUCUAUGAGCUGCCACGCCAGCAAGGACUCCCCCACUCUGCCCGAGUCCUCCGUCACGGACAUGGGCUUCUACAGCGGCCAGACGGCCCACGGCCACCACGAGUACUACCAGAGCCAGUACGGACAGCCCAUGAACUCCUACCACCACCAGUUUAACCUGAACGGAAUGGGAGGUGGUGGUUCCUACCCCACCAAAUCUGAAUACCCCUACACAAAUACCUACAGACAAUACGGACAUUACAACAGAGACCAUCUGCAAGCUUCACCUCCGAGCUCAGUAAAAGAGGAGCCCGAGCCGGAGGUCCGCAUGGUGAACGGGAAGCCGAAGAAAAUCCGCAAACCGCGGACCAUCUACUCCAGCUACCAGCUGGCGGCGCUGCAGCGGCGCUUCCAAAAGGCGCAGUACCUGGCGCUGCCGGAGCGGGCCGAGCUGGCGGCCCAGCUCGGUCUGACCCAGACACAGGUGAAGAUCUGGUUCCAGAACCGGAGGUCCAAGUUCAAGAAACUGUACAAGAACGGGGAGGUUCCUCUGGAGCACAGCCCGAACGCCAGCGACUCCAUGGCCUGCAACUCGCCUCCGUCCCCGGCGCUGUGGGACGCCGGCUCCGCCCACGGCUCCUCCGUCAGCCGGCCCCCGCUGCCGCCGGCCGGCCACGGCUCGUCGCCUCCGUACCUGGAGGAGUACAACAACCACUGGUACCAGCAGGGAGCCCACCUGCAGCACCACCCGGCGCAGCACCACCCGGCCCCGCAGCCCAGCGUGGGCGCCGUUUACUGA